GAAGUCUGCUCCUAUGUCGGCUUACGAUUCCCGAUGGGCCUUCAGUCGAAGAGGGACCAGAGGGAAUGGUGGUCGACGGACCCGUUGAUGUCCUCAUCGGUGUUCGCCAAGACGAUGACCAGGGACCGCUACGAUGCCCUGACCUCCGCGCUCCACUUCGCCGCGGAGGAUAGGCUUUGGAAGCUGCGCCCUGUGUUAGACGUCUUGGAAUCGACGUAUCGAUCCGUCUUCGUCCCGAACAAGAACGUGACCGUCGACGAGAGCUUGUGGGCCUUCAAGGGGUGUCACCACGCCAUCCAGUACAACCCGAGCAAGAGGGCUCGGAGAGGGCUGAAGGUCUACAAGCUUUGCUCGUCUGACGGUCCAGAGGCAGGGUAUACGGCGGCCUUCAAGAUCUACAUGGGGCAAGACCGCGGCGUAUUUCCAUCCAGCAAGAAGGCCAUCACCGACCUGCUGGAGAAGGCAGAUCUACUCGACAAGGGGUACCAGUUACACACCGACAACUGGUACACCUCCCCGACUCUCUUCCAUUACCUGCAGGCCCGGAAGACCAGUGCAGUUGGGACGGUACGUCUCAACCGGCGUGGCAUGCCCUCGGACCUGCAGGCGAGUCGGGGACAAAUCGAUUUCCGGUCCAGCAAGACCGGAAUCAUCUGCCGUCAGUGGGUGGAUAAGCGUCCAGUUACGAUGCUUUCCACCGCCCACACCAGCAAGGUCGUUACCCUGCCUCCCAACCGCCGAGGGGUGGAGAGGUCGAAGCCGAAGUUUCGUUGA